AUGGUUUGCGCCAAGUGUCAAAAGAAAUCGACGAGCACUACUUCUUUGGCGACCCCAGAGGUCAAGAAGAAGAAUGACAUGUAUUUUGGUUCGCCGGCUGGAUCAUCAUCUAAGCCUGGCACGAAGCCCUCCGCCACGUUGGGGAAUAAUGGCAUAGGCAAGAGUAAAUUAUUAUCAAAAUCUGCCAGGAAUCCUUACGCUACAUACUCGACAACCUGCACUGGUAAGGAGUGCAGCACCAAGGUUGACCAGGGUAGAAAAUACUGCCUGAAGUGUUCAUACAAAGCGAAUGCUUGCGCGAUGUGUGGAAAGUCGAACGCGAAGACGUCGUCCGCCGCUCCAGUUAUCGCUGGACAAAAAUUCAACUUAAAGUGA